UGUUGUUGUUAAUACCAUGUGUGUGUCUGGUUAUAUUUUCAGGUUUGACGAAUUCAAUGGAAAGCGAACAACACAGCAUUGACAGAAAGAGAGCGCCUCAGCAGUGGAAAAGUUGCAAGCUCAUUAUAGACCCUUUGUUGACGAAUGGAUUGUACAAAGUAUAUCGCUACGAUGGACACUCUUUCAACAUCCCCGUGGACGACCUAGGAGUGUUCCCCGUGGAAACUGUUCGUGAUCCUCGCAUCUGUCGCCUGUGGAGCAAGUGCACAAGCGCUGAGUUAGCGAUUCCUAAAUAUAAGAUCGACGAGUACUAUGUGGGUCCAGUUCCUCCUAAAGAAGUGACGUUUGCCCGGUUAAAUGACAACGUGAAGGAAGCGUUCUUGACUGAAAUGUGCAAAAAGUAUGGUGAAGUGGACGAAGUGGAAAUAUUCUACAACCCUAAGACCAUAAAGCAUUUAGGAAUCGGAAAAGUGAUUUUUGACACUGUCAAGGCUGCGAGAGACACUGUACGACACCUCCAUGACACGUCCGUGAUGGGGAACAUCAUCCACGUAGAGGUCGAUCCAAAAGGUGAAAACCGGAAGCGUUACUUCAAACUUCUAGUAGAUGGAAUUUAUACCCCUUGGACAUUACCAGUGGGAAGCAAUGAGCAAAGCCUUCAAAGUCUUAUUGACACUUUACCGGGCUGUAAACCUCCAGGAAGAGAGAGUUUCAUCUGCAGUCCCACCAGCAUCAGUACCCCUCUGUCUCUGGACACAGCCUACUCCAGCAUCUGCCAAGACACGCCUCAAAGCUUCGGCCUGACCCCUCGUUCUCAGGGAACCCCUUGCACCCCUUACCUCUCCGGGACACCCCUCUCACAGGACUCCUGCUACUCCAGCCGGCAGGCCACCCCCGUCCAGCAAGGGGACCCCCCCGCGCACACCAUCCAUACCGUGUCCCGACGGGAAGUCUAUCGCAAACCAGGGAGGCACAACGGAAGACACUGCAAAGCCUCGUACCUCAGCUGCCUCUUCAAGCACUUCCGCCCGCAGCCGCCGCUGCCGCUCUUCAGCCAGACACUGGGGGCAGACAGCGGUUCGCAAGCGGCUUCGUGUGUCGAGAACUCGCCGCCCUCAGGUGGAGGGCCCACAGAUCCCUCCUCCAGCUUCUUCCCCUCCAGAUCUCAAGGGGUCGUCACCACCGCCCUCAGUCUCGGCCACUGCUCGCCCUCCCAACUCCUCGGCACAAACGGCUUCUCCGACCGGGAUGACGGAGCGCUCUCCCCCCCGGCGUUCCGUCCGUGCGUCACGGAGCUACCGCCCUCUCCGGUCGCCGCCUCUCCGGGGGGCCUCCGCGAUGAGUCGGAGAGCCUGGACUCCCGCAUCGAGAUGCUGCUGAACAAGAGCCGUGGCGCCGACGACGCCUCCUUCCCCUCCUCCACGUUACCCGCCGGAGACGGUGCAGAGGGCGUGGAGGAACCGCAGACAGCCUUUUUUGCACACCGCUCUUCUCAGUCCCGCCCGGCCUCAGACCCGGUGUCGGUGGACUCGGCGUGGACCGGCACCGGCUCCCUGACGCCGAGCCGCCGUUCCGGGGCCGUUAGCCCAUCUCCUGUCCCUGAGGACGAGGAGGAGGACGAGACGGUCCAGGCAGUGGCCUCUCUCCUGAGAGUCACUCCGUCUCCCCUGCUGUCCCCUCUCAGAAAUACAGGGAGGAGGGAUCGCUAUGUCAAGCAGGACAAGAGGAGCCCUGCGAGCAGAAGGUCUGCAGUGUUCACAUCCAACGGAACCUUCCAGUCUCCUCCCCCCUGCUUCCCUGGCCCCGCCCGGAUACCAACCCCCCACUUCAGGUUCCCCCUUCCCUCCAUCCCCCCCUCUGUUCCCCUGUUCCCUCUGCGCCUGCCCAAUGGCACCAUCCCCUUUCCUCCACCCUGCUGGCCCCCGCCUCCCUCUCUGGGCCCGGGCUGUGGCAUCGCCAGACCCCCUCCGUCCAUCCCUCCACCACCACCCACUUUGCUCGGGCCGCGUCCAACACUUAUGGCACCGCCCGCUGCUGCUGUGCAUCCUGGGCACUCGUACCCUUUACACGUGCAACCCCCCCAGCACCUGGGCAUGCCCAGCCUGCCAGGGCAGGCCAGCGCCCCCUGGGCCGGUCUGCCCCUGCUCCGCUUCAACCCCUUCGUGCCUCCGCCAGGGUAUGAGCCCCGAAGGGAGGACCCUAACAGAGGGACCGUGGAGAAGGUUAUACAGGUGUUCAUGGAAGAGCUGUCGUCCAUCAUUAAGAAGGACAUCACACGCAGAAUGGUGGAAGUGGUGGCCUUCAAGGCCUUUGACAAAUGGUGGGACGACCAGGAGCAGAAGUCUAAAGUGAAAAGGAAAGAAUCACUUGACCCCGGCACCUCAGAGGCCUCACAAAACACACAACACACGUCACCUCCACAUCAGCACAACGUUCCACCUGAAAACACAGAACCAGAGAAGGUACGUGAUGGCGACGAGCUCAGGUCGGAGACGGCUGACGCGUGGAGCGGCGGCGGUGCAGCGCUCAGACGGAGGCACGCCCGGCCGUUGCUGCUGGACGACUCCGACGACGAGGCGGAGGAAGGUGGCGCUGCGAAGACGAAGGAGAAUGAGAUUCACCACCAGGAGGAAGAAGAGCGUUCCGGAGCGGUCAGGGCAGCUCCUCUCACCCAGUGUAACACAGAGGACCAUGAUGAGAUGGAGAACCAGAAUGUACAAAGUCAGACGGAGCAUGAAGAGGUCAUCUCCAAGUCUCUUUCAGAGGUGUGCAGCAGCUUCUGGGAGGACAGCGAUGGCUCCUCAGUCUACGGCUCCUCAAUCUCAGGCACCGAGAGCAACAAGGCCCCCUCGGCCUCUGGCUCUGAGAGCAUGGAGGGCUCAUCGGUCUCCAGCGCCUCAGUCUCAGGCUCUGAGAGCAUCGAGGCCUCCUCCGACUGUGACCUCAGCUCUGAGGAGGAAGACUAUAACCGCAAAGAGCCGGACAGCGAUGAAGGCUACAUUGUUAUAUCAUCGGACGAGGAGCGGAUAGACCUGGACUCCCCUGCCAGCCCCCGGGCUCCCCAGACACCCCAGACCCCGCAGACCCCUCUCACCCCGGGGGCCAGGCUGGAGCUGACCGGACUGCAGGACUGGUACGAUGGUCUGGAAGGAGAGAGUCCUGGGAAAGACCAAUACACGGACCUGCUGGACCCGUUGCUGGAGAACUACCCAGCAGGCUUGCACCCGGGUCCCCUCCAGUCUCCCUUCAUACAAGGGAUGGAGGCCACCUUCGACCUGCCGAUGGACAGCCCGGAGUGGAGACCGGACUCACCGGCGACCCUGGAGACCCUGCGGCCGCCGACCCCGACCGGCUCCCUGGGGUACGGCGACCCGGACCUUCUGGUGGGGGGCAAGCCGACGCCCCCUGCUGCGGAGGCGGCCGAGCGACCACGCACCCCCGGCCGCGGCGUCGCCGGGGAGGACUCCGCAGACGAGUUCCUCUCCCUGCCUCUGACGGGACGCCUGGUGGCCAACCCCCUGCUCUCCCCCUCCCCAGAGCUCCACGCUUCGUACCCCACCGACCAGGACCGGCCCAAGACCCCGGGGAGGGAGGAGGGGAGAGGAUGGGGUCUCCCGCACGCCUCCGCAAGGGUCCCGGCCACCCCAGGAGGAGCGGCGAGUCCCUCGAAGGAGGCCACCGCCGCGAUGUUUACCCCCCCGCUGUCCUUGUGCAGCCACCCCUACGUCAGAACUCCCAGGACCCCUGGCCGGGACAUUGUCCUCCGCCACGGACCUCCCGCCCGCAGGAGGAGGAGGAGGAGUGGGGAGAUGGGAGGAAGGGGUGGUCCGCCCUCUGAAGGGUCUCCUCUUCCCCACCGCUUUCUCCCAGACUCCUCAGCAGAGACCCAGGCCUCCAAGGGCCCGUGGGUCACCUUGGCAACCGCCUCCAGGCCUCUCCAAGGACUGGAGAACAUGCCUGGGCUCCUGCACAGUGACGGCCAGAGGGGGGCCUGCCGGGAGAGCGGGGAGCAGUGGAGGUGGCAGAGGGAGAGGAGGGCGAGGAGGAAGAGGAGGAGACGGUGGGUGCGCCAGCGGAGACGACGGAGGUGGUCUAAAUCCCCUCCCUGCCGGUCGCCCCCCUGGUCCCGGUCCCAGUGCGAGGAGACGGAGGUCCUCCACGACGUGUGGAGGGAGGGCCUGGAUGAGGAGGACGCUCGGCUCCUGCUGCUCUCCCACCAGAGGCUGCUGCGCCGGGACAACGGGCUGGGCUGGCUCAGUGACACCCUGUGGGUGCCUCACCCCCCCUCACCACUGACCAGCAGCACCCCAGGGAGCGAUGAGGACCGCGACGCCGAGCACGGCAGCGGCUGCGCCCGCAGCGAGGGCUUCUACACCAUCAGCCGGACAGAGAAACUCAAGAAUCUGAACGACGCACGACUGGCCCCGGAGCCGCCGGCCACCAGCGCACUGGGCUUCUCCACGUCAGCCCAUCCUCAGAGCUCGCUCAGGGCCGGCUCCGACUUCAGGUCGGAACAGCGCCGCCUGCUGUCCUCCUUCAGCUGUGACAGCGACCUGGUCAAGUUCAACCAGCUGAAGUUCCGCAAGAAGAGGAUCCGUUUUGCCAGGAGCCACAUCCACGACUGGGGCCUCUUUGCCUUGGAACCCAUAGCAGCAGACGAGCUGGUCAUUGAGUAUGUGGGCCAGACCAUCAGACAGGUGAUGGCGGACAUGCGGGAGAAGCAGUACGAGGAGCAGGGCAUCGGGAGCAGCUACCUGUUCAGGGUGGACCAGGACACCAUCAUAGACGCCACCAAGUGUGGGAACCUGGCCCGCUUCAUCAACCACAGCUGCAACCCCAACUGCUACGCUAAGAUCAUCACGGUGGAGUCCCAGAAGAAGAUCGUCAUCUACUCCAGGCAGCCCAUCGCCGUCAGCGAGGAGAUCACCUACGACUACAAGUUCCCCAUCGAAGACGAGAAGAUCCCCUGCCUGUGUGGGGCUGACGGCUGCCAUGGCACCCUGAACUAGCCUGUUCUGCACCCUGAACUAGCCUGUCCUGCACCCUGAGCUAGCAUGUCCUGGGACCCUGAACUAGCCUGUCCUGGGACCCUGAACUAGCCUGUCCUGGCACCCUGAGCUAGCCUGUCCUGGGACCCUGAACUAGCCUGUCCUGGCACCCUGAGCUAGCCUGUCCUGGGACCCUGAACUAGCCUGUCCUGCACCUUGAUCUAGCCUGUCCUGCCCCCUGAGCUAGCAUGUCCUGGGACGCUGAACUAGCCUGUCCUGGGACCCUGAACUAGCCUUUCCUGGGACCUUGAACUAGCCUGUCCUGGGACCCUGAACUAGCCUUUCCUGGGACCUUGAACUAGCCUGUCCUGGGACCCUGAACUAGCCUGUCCUGGGACCCUGAACUAGCCUGUCCUGGGACCCUGAACUAGCCUGUCCUGGGGGGCCAUCCAGGGGGCCGGCUGCGGUCAAUACAGGGUCCUGGGUAAAUCCGGUGUUGCCUUGACAGAGGACAAUUCUAAUACAAUUCAGGGAGACGUUACAACUUUAUACUGAUCAUUUUCCCUUCUGACAGGAGUAUAACCUUAAAUCUUUCUGGAAGUUAAUUUAAUUAUUAUGAAAAGGAGGUUAUGCUCCAGAAUUAAAUUAUUUAGAAUUAAAGAAUUUAAAGUUUCGGAGUUAAGGGGGCUGUAGGUAAGAUUCAAGAGUUGUAAAGAUAAAGAGCUGAGGAGAGCAAUAUUCAUGGUGCUUUCAGUCCCCUGUGGCGGCGCUAUGAUCUCGCCGUCUGCAAGCCUGUGAUUGACAUGUAUGGUGGCCUCCCAAACCAAUCAGAACAGCUGGGCCGUGAGCAGCGUAAACUUGUGUCCCUCCCAGAGGAGCAGUUCACCAGAACAGUUUCUCACAGAGCAUUUCACUCUCUAGUAGCAGAUGGAAUCAACAUUCACUCAACCUACGGCACAUUUAAAGGGUUGAUAUUAUGCCACCAGGUGUGAGUAUAAUUAGCCAUUAGAAGCCGUUUGAAAACAUGCCCUUCCCUGUGCCUUAGUGACAUCACUAGUGGGGGUGUCCAACUAGAUGUAUGUUGGAUAGAUGAGCAGCAUCUGCUACAGUCCACUGCGUAGGCUGGUCGACUGAUCUAUCCAGCAUACAUCCAGGUAGACAUAUAUUACGUAAUGUGUUAGUACAGUACAAGGUAUUGUCCAGUUUAAAUUCACUAUCUACCCUUUUUUAGCAUCCAAAUGAUUAACUCUCUCCUUCAACCUCAUUAUGCUUUCAUUUGAGAUAGCGAAUAGCGGCUUGUGUCAAGCUCCCCUCCGGGACGUCAGCCGCCACCCAUACUGGUAAAUGGACUGCAUUUAUAUAGCGCUUUUACCCAAAGCACUUUACAAUAUUGCUUUGCAUUCACCCAUUCAUGAACACAUUCACACACUGAAGGCGGUGUCAGCCAUGCAAGGUGACAGCCAGCUGGAGCAGUUAGGGUGAGGUGUUGUGCUCAGGGACACCGCGACACUCAGCUAGGAGGAGCCGAGGAUCGAAAAGCAACCUUGCAAUUACCAGCCAACCCGCUCUACCUCCUGAGGUACUGCUCCAGAACAUUGAUUGAUUAUAGAAAGGAAUUAUGGGAUAUAGCAACGAAGAGCGCUGGUUCAUGCGUUUACGGACAUUACAAUGCAAACGGUUUUACAUGUACUUAAAAAGAAUCACCCUCAAGUGAUGUUGGAUGUUGUUAUUGUAUGUUCAUUGCUUAAAUAUA